UUUAAAUAACUACUUAUAUAAAAAUUGAUAUUAAUAUUUUGACGCGAAUAUAAUAUAUCGUUUUUGUACCUUUGGGCUUAUGUCAUAUAGCCAGUAAAAGGUCUCUAUAGACUAUCACUAUAAUAGCUUAUAGCUAUAAUAAGCCUAACUGUCUUAGGUACAUUUCUACGAAGGAACUACGCGUCACACGCUCAGACUAUAGAUAAAAUUUGUUUUGUGGGAUUGUAAAAUUAUUAUCGUAAUGAUUAUUUUAUAUUUAUAAUAUAUAAACUUGGUCAUCGUCGCACGACAGCAACGGUUAUUUAGUGAUUACGUAAUCGUGUCUAAGUGUAUUUCGGUUGGUCUGGCAGCAUUACUGGAGCGGGGUAAUUCAGACAUCGAAAAUUAAUACAAAUCUAUUAAUAGUUCUUCAUGAUUUGAUAUUACAUGAUAAUAAUAUUAUGUAAUGAUGUAAUAUCAUUAAUAUCGCCAUCACGUGACACGUUCGACGAAAAUAUCGAUCGUAGCCCGUCGGUGUGGUAGUGAGCCUAGUGAAAUUUAUUGUACGAUUACUGCGAUUGCAAUCUGUCGAACGUCGAACCGCUUGUUAGUUGUUACUUAUUUUGUAGUUUUGACAGUUUAAAUCAAUAAUCAUUAAUCAAUAUUAUAUUAGUUAAUUGUUGUUGUGCCACUGCCGUGUUGUUGUGCUGUGUAACUUUUUAUUGUUUUUACACUGAUUUUGCUGCAGAGUGUAGUUGAUUGUAAUGUGUGGAUUGUAAUUUAUCAAAAACGCACGUGAUAAGUAUUAAGCGUUCCCGAGUCAAACCACAUUAUUAAGCCUUUCGCCUUUGUCAAUACCAUUUAUUCAGAAUGUGGAUAUUAAUCCACUUAAUUGAUGAUGGAGAAAAAGUGCCAGACGUCAUUCCGAACACAUGGAAAAUUGAUCAAUCCAGCUGCUGGUAUCCAAAAAACUUAAAAUCAAAUGUUAUAAAUUCCUUAGCUCGGAAGCAAAUCAUGCCAGACCAUGGUAGUGAUGACUGGGAAUAUUGCUCUAUGCAAAUUAUAGAAACCAAUAUAAGUGAUUUUCAAAUUGGUCUCAAAAUGAUGGUGAAGUUGGCUAAAAACGCUCAAAAUUUACAUUCUGAUUAUGAGCAGCGGGGACGAGGAAAAAGAACCAAGUGUUUGUCAUCAAAGCGUUUAUUCGACAAUUUAGAUAGUAGUGAUUGUUCUGUUGACGAAGAUUUUGAAACAUUAAAUAGUAAUAAAAAAAAGUCAAAGACACACAACUUAUCCGUAUCGUUUCCUGAUUUCCCUUCAAUCGUAAAAGAUAAUACUAGUGAUGACACUCGUCUAAGCACUUCUAAUUGUACACCAGCAAGUAAAAUUGUAUUGUCAAGUCAAGAUAAUAUGUAUAACAAUGAUGAAACUUCAGAAGUAUCUACUCCAACAUGUUCUACAAGCAUUCUAUCUACAUCAAGUGUUUAUCAAUGUAAAUUAGCAAAAAAAUCCCAUUCUUGUACUUUUCAAAAUGGUAUUGUUAAUGACCAAGAAACCUUGCUACUGGCUAUGGCCCAUCAAUUAUGUAAAUUAUCUGCCGAAAAUAAGAAAAUUACUUCAAACAUGUUUUACAUUAAACAAGAAUUAAAUUCAUUUAUUGAGGAUAAAAAAUUGAGCCAUUGCGAAGAUCAUGAGCCAACUAGUUCCAGUGCUAAUGAAAAUGUACUUUCACCAUUCCCUUUAAAAAAUGAAGAUGAACUUAUGUUAAUUGAAUCAAAAUUAUUGUCUGAAGAUUUAUCAUUCACUAAUAAAUUGGUAACUUCAUUUGUAUUUGCCUCGGAAGGAAAAUCUAUACAAAAAGUCACAACGAAUAUGCUGAAAACCAUAUUUUCAUAUGAGCUAGCUUCAGAAUAUAGUUGGAAAGGCCAGAAAAACAAAAAAAAAUUACAUACUUUGAACAUUUUUAAAGUUAUUAUAGAUGCAGUAGGCAAGAAGUUUCCCAAAGAAAUAAGUGUUAAAUGUACUGUUAUUCAAUCAAUUCAAACAUGGUUUGCAAGAGCGCCCUAUCAGAUUGAAGCCGUAAUUAAAAAAAAGAAGGAUAGCACUGGAAACAUCACAGCUAAUCAUAACAAAAUGUCACCAUCACAGCUGCAAAAUUCUGAUGGUCAAAAACAUGACCAUCAAGUGGGCAUAUAAUGGACUAACAUAAAUUAUUUUAAUUAUUUUUUUUAUAAUUUUUUUCAUACUACUACAGGACAAGAAUUAUUUAUUUGUUAUUUUAAUAUUAUAAUUUACCAAUAAAGGAGUAAUGGUUAUGUUCAAAUUAUGACUUUUUUUUUAUUAUUAUU